GCAGCGGCUCAGUGCGCCGCGGAGCGUCAUUCAGCAGGACACGCCGCGGACCCGCCGGAUCACCAAACACGAUCCCUCCUCGCCUUCAAGCGGAAAACACCCCCACACGUCUCCCCAGACUGAGCAAACCGGUGGAAACAUCGGAACAAACUCCGGGUUGGACCCGUAAGCCAGUGGCGGGCAGGAGGGAUGCUGCUCCAGCCCGACACGGUGCAGCGCGCAGUCCGCCUCCGAGGCUGGUGAUGCCCGCCGCGGUGCGGGGAUCCCCACCCAGCUGCAGCGGCAGCAGGUCGGAACAACAGGGCGUCGGGGAGAUGAUGGUGGUUCGGCCGGGAUCAUGGCUAACGGAACCGGUUCUAUCAUGCUGAAAUGCGUCGUGGUUGGAGACGGCGCAGUGGGGAAAACGUGUCUCCUGAUGAGCUAUGCCAACGACGCCUUUCCAGAGGAGUAUGUGCCCACGGUGUUUGAUCAUUAUGCAGUGAGCGUCAACGUUGGAGGGAAGCAGUACUUGUUGGGACUGUAUGACACAGCUGGUCAGGAGGACUACGACCGCCUGAGGCCCUUGUCCUAUCCGAUGACAGAUGUCUUCCUCAUCUGCUUCUCCGUUGUCAACCCGGCCAGUUUCCAAAACGUGCGUGAGGAAUGGGUGCCGGAGCUGCAGGAGUACGCACCCAGCGUUCCUUACCUGCUGAUUGGCACCCAGAUUGACCUUCGUGAUGACCCUAAGACGAUCGCAAAACUGAACGACAUGAAGGAGAAACCAAUCGCCACGGAGCAGGGACAGAAACUGGCCAAAGAGAUCGGGGCGUGUUGCUACGUGGAGUGCUCGGCGCUGACCCAGAAGGGCCUGAAGACGGUGUUUGACGAGGCCAUCAUUGCCAUUCUGGCUCCCAAGAGGAAGAAGGGAUCCAUGAAGAGAAGACUGGGACCCCGCUGCAUCAACUGCUGCUUGAUCACGUGAUGCGGCGGCUCCUCUGAAUCCUUCUAGUGAAAGACCGCAAACCAAACAUGGAUUGACGGCAAAAGAUAGAUAAAAUGCAAAGACAAAAGCCAGGAGGAUUGACUGACAAAACAAGAGCUCGCUCUGAGACUCUUGAAAUACCAGAAGUCUCUCCUGAGCUGAGAAUCCCGUUUUUACCAAAGGAGCUCAAAACCCAUCAUUCUCUUCUUCUACAAGACUUUUGCCUCAAAAGUACCUUCUUUUAUAACCAUUUUAAUCAUAUUUUGUUUGUUUCUGUCGCUGUAUGCCGUCACAGGAAAGACAAAAAGACAUUUCAGCUUUAAUGUGAAUGGUUAAUUCAUAAAUAUCUCCAUUGUUUUUGGAAAUAACUUUUAAGUUUAUCUCCAAAAUGAUGGAAGAGAGUAAGUUUUUAGCUUUGAAAUUUUGUCAUGCGAGACUCAGUUUUACAUUUUCAAUUUCAAAACUUUAAAUUCGGACGAAUCGUGGACCUACUGCUACGUUAUUUUUAAUGUUGUUUUGUAGUGUGGCAUGCCAAAAUACUCCAAGGUAGAACAAAACUGAGGAGUUCACAAGAAAAUGAAAAUGUUUAUUAUCCAUUUUUAGAAACUAUAUUACCUAGAGUUUAUAAGAUUGUAUCACUAAAUCAAAUAUCAUUGAGAUACUUUAUCAGCUGAUAAAUAACUUUUUGUUAUCAUGCAGUAACUUGCUAUGUUUUUAUCAAUUUAAAGAGAGAAAUUGUAGAUUAACUCGUGUAUUUCCCAAAGAAUGCACACCUUUCAUUAAAGGGCAUAUAUCAUCAUUUUUCAUAUUGUUUUUUAAAAAUAUUUUUUAAACAUUUUACAUACUUCUUGAUCAAGAAUUGUGUUUAGAAGCAUAAAAUAAAGGUGAGCAUAUGAUAAUUGGGAUGGCAAAGUUUGAAUUCAACAAACUUAUCAGCCAAUUUAUCCAGUCAGGAGAAGGAAUUUAGAGAAACUGUAACUUGGGUAAUUAGUAAACCGGCACCCUACAAACGGAUUUAAAGGUGAUCCGUCUCAAGCCGAGUCUGCCUGUAAUCUUAUCCUGUUUCAAAUUUCUGCUUGUGCCAGUAACUCGGCAUUCAGAACGCCAUAAUUUCUGCUCUGGUUCAGACCUGUAACGAUUCUCCCAACAACUGUGUGACUGUGGUUAAUGAAAGUCUGACUUUUCUCCAUAUAAUCACUCUGUCAAAAUGUUACUCUGAGGUCUCUCAUGCCACUGAGACUCUAUAGAUCUUUCUGUAGUUAAGAUUUUCUACAACACUGUAUUUCUUUGCCCUAAAAUGUCACUUCAAGCUAUUGCUACAUCAAUUAAGAUAUAAAAGGUAAAAUACUGGCAAAUAAUCAGACUACAGCUGUAAUGACACAUGUUUUCCAUUUGGCUCAGACAAAAAUAAAUAAUAAAAAAAAACAAACAGUUGUUAAUGGCUAACAAAGCUAAUUUUGCCUCUAAAUAUCCAGAAAGAUUGAUUAUCGAAAAAAAUUCUUAGAUUUAUGCAGAGGUUUUGUAUUACAACAGAGUAUUAGGGCUGUACUAAGAAAAAGUUUUAAAACUUUAGGAGAAUAAAGUAAUUUAUGACAACACACUUGUACAAGAACAAAGUCAAUAUUCCGUGAAAAAACAAGAACAAAGUUGUAAUAAAGAAAAUAAAGUUCAAUAAAGUGAUAAUAUAGCUAGCUUUCCUAGCCAAAAACAUAUAUUCUGGAUCACCCUUUAAAUUUAAGAUUUAAAUAGUUUUAGAUGUACAGAGUGAAAAGUUUUCUGGCAGAAUAACCGUUUUGGUGGGUGAGAAGCAAUAUGUUCUCUUUACCUAAUUAUUUCCAUGCUAUUGGAUAGAUGACCUUGAAUCCUAAAGUCUUCCUCUGUUUUAGUAUUUCACAAUUUUAGUUUACUCAAAAUAUCAUUUUUGUUUGGGAAAAUUGCGUUUGAAAACCACUAAUCUGCUUUAGAAAACAUCAGAAUGCAGUUUGUGAUUUAUUUCUGUUUCAUUCUUUCAUAAUUUUUAGGUUUCCUGCCUCUAAAAUUCGAUGAUAUAUGCCUUUUAAAAUCAUCUGGCUAUUAUGACCCAAUACUGUCUACGGCACAACAAUGAAGCACAGCUGCUGCUGCUCCAUUUCCCAGCACAACAAUGCACAUUCCCUGUGCUUUCCAACAUACCCAUUGUCCCAGGAAGCACACAAGAUGCACAUGGUGCUGUCAGGCACAGCAAGAAUAGCACACCAUGUCAGCAAGAACAAUCAGAGGUUCACUAUACCCAAAUUCUGCAACAAGAUUCUCUUGUAGAUCUCCAGUAUCACCAAAUACAGUGAAGACACUAAUUAAAACAAUUUUAUGUCAGACGAAAUUAAAUUUGGUUGCCUUAAAAGCUGAUAAGUUACAGUUUAAACAUCUAAAUGCUAGAAAUAAUUACAUUUAUUGAAUUAGCUUUUGUUACAGACCAGUUCUUCACUGGUAUUUACCAAAAUAUUUACAUUAGUUGGUCCUGUUUAGAUUUAGUUAACUGAAACAACUAACAAAGCUAAUGUUAGCUAUGUCAACGCCUAAUGCUAGUCAACUAGCUAGCUAAUAAGUGCAAGCUCAGCAUAAUUCACCGUAUAUUUUAAAAUGUAGCGUUCAAAGUAAUGAUGUCAAAUAAUUCUAAAACACAUUUAUAAAAUCAAAAUAUAUUUAAACACAAAACAUUACAAAAACUAUAACCAAGAAAAAAUUUAAAAAGUAUGGUUUAGCAUUACUACAGGUUAGCACAAGAAAAACACUUUUCUUGUUUUUAUAGAUUAUAGUUGUAUGUAUAUUUUAUCUCUGGCAAAAAGAUAAACAAUCACCACAACUAGUAUUUACCUAAAAACUUAGUUGGUGGCAUUUUGCUCCUAACCUUAGCUAACUGAAACAACUUUUCAAGCUAAUGUUAGAUGUGUUAGCGCCAAAUGAUAACUAUCUAGCUAAUCAAUGCCAACUCAGCUUAAUUUACAGUAUGUUUUAAAAUGUAGUUGACAAAGUCAUGAUGUCAAAAGGCUCUAUAAAAUGAAGAUAUAUUUCAACACAUAAUAUCACAUUAACAAUGAUAACCAAGAUAAGUUAAAAGAUAAGGGUUAGCAGAAGUACUGGUUAGCACUUUGCUUUGGAAAAACAACACUUUCAUUGUUUUUAUAGGUUGCAGUUGUUUCUGGCAAAAAGAUAAGCAAACAUCUAUCUUGGAUGGUCUGUCUUUAGUUUUAAUUUGUGGAAUGUUCUCAAACUUAACCAGAUCUAGUAGAUUAAAUAAGGAAUCCUACAUCCUUAUAACGUCUACACCAGUGCGCAAUUGCAACAAGUAGCCACAGCUCUUCUUCACAUACUAUCAUGGCAUUGCUCUUGCUCAAAAAACGUCAUCUUAUGAAUCAACUGAAACAAACAACACGUUAUCCUUCUUUGCACAUGGAGAUUGGUAUGCUCUCUGAGUUGGGGAGAUGCGCACACACCGCCAAAUUGUGUAUAUAAAUGUUCUCUCUUUCACAUCAAGACUGAAACUGUUGGUGGAAGAGUUUAGAAAACAUAAUAUUUAGAAAACAUAAACAAAUUGUGAGGAUCCUUUCUAAUGCUAGAGCUUAUGUAAUGGAAGAAUAGAAAUAGGAAACAGAAUGGGCAUGAAAUCCGUGUUCUGAGUAUUACAUGUGGAGUAAGGUUACUAAAAUUUUACAAAUUCAACUAUUCAUUGACACUAUCAGGGAAUGGAGUCCAGAUGCAGUCUGUCAAAUUCAGCUUGUCGACCAACAAGGAUACAAAAAGGUUCUGAUUUUAAAACUCACAAUAGAGAAGGAGCCUAACUGAAAAUAACCCCUUUAUUCCAGUGUUCUAAAAAGAAUCAGACUGAAUAGCAGUAGAUUUCAGUGAGAAAUAUUGAGGAAACCAUUAUUUGUUUGGUGCCAUCACCAUAAAACUUUUAAAGACAACUGCACAAAGAAAAUAACACAUUUUCAUAAAUGUGGACACUUUUCUCAUUCCAUCAAUCUAAAGUAGGCUUGGUGGCGGUGAACCACCAAGGACCAUAAUGCAUCGGCCACCCACCAUGGAAGCAUCCACUGUAAACGGGAAAAACUGAUUUAUCAGCUGCUGUGAAAGAACAUUGAAGAAUAAAAUCCAUGCGUCAAUGAAUUAAAGUUACCAGAAAACACAUUGAUUUUUAUGUUUUUGGUAUGAAAAGUCUGAAUAUUCCCCAACAGCAGUAAUCCUAUUUUGUUUUUGUCAGUUGUUUUUUUUUUUUUUUUUUUUUUGCUUUUUAUUGAUGUAAUUGUAAGUCACAAGUUUUAAUUAGUGAUCAAAAACUAAUGCUUUAAAAUAAUAGCUGGUGCUAUCCGAUUUAGGAAAGUCAAUUCAACAGAAUUUAGGCAGAAACAAGAUCUGAACUUUUAGUGGAAACUUUAAGGAGUUUUUUUCUUGGCCAGCCAAAUGUCAAAAUAUUUGUCCCUUUUUAUUUAAAAUGCAUUUAAUUUUUCUAGCAUUUUUAAAGACAUUUCUCAAAGGUGCCAAUUCUCCCUGUUGUUUUGUUUCAUAUGAUUAAUUAAAGCUUUAAUGUUGAAGGUGCUUCUUCUCUCUGUCCCAGCCUGUGUUGUGUAGCGGUCCUGUCAGCAGCGCUGAUCAUUGCACGAGGAGCGCCGAGCCUCUUGGACAGUUUUGCUCGAUUUUGUCAUGUGAAGGUCCCCCCUCUCCUCCUCAGGAUCAAGGACCGAAGUGCCACAGCCAGCAAUGCAUUUUCCCAUUAAUGAUCCUCUUUUCUCAAUAAACAUGUUUCCUGUGUUAACA